UGUCUUCUUGAGCUUCCUCCGCGCUAUCCCGCCCACACGUGCGUAAUCAAAUGUGGGCGGAGUCAAACAGCUGGAUACUCGUGGCGGCUGAGAUACAGAAGGACUGGCUGCUGUGAAGCCAGCCUUCCCCCCACUCAUUUUAACGCGAACACGGCUAACCGAGGUCCCAUCUGCUCUGGAAAAAUCUACAUACUCAAGUAAAAUUAAAGCUAAGUCGUGAUAGUUUUUGGGGGGGUUGGGGGUGCCAGAGUUGUGGAGGACACGCCGGCGUACUCAAAGUUUUCAUUUUUCUAAAAAGAAAAAAACAAUCUGCAUUUGCUAGCUUACAAGGAGGCAGAAGCUGAAAAGAGACAUCUGUCCUGCCGCUGUCCCAUCUACCGUCCUCCAUCUUCAGGAAAAUGAAUCGGUGCACAUGUCAGUCACACUCAGAUAAAUGUUAAUCCUACUUGAGAAGACAUUGCUCAGCUGGCUGGAGAGGAAAAAGAAGAAAGGUGCUGGAAGAUGUCUCUGUGGAUGAUACUACCUGUUAGCCUCCCUGUCCUGACCAUCACUGGGAUAUGGGUUGUCUAUGCCAUGGCCCUUUACAACCAGCACGUCUGCCCUGUGGAAAACUGGUUGUAUAACCAGUCAUGUGAGGAGGAGCUGUAUUUGCAGAGCGGGCCAUCCUUGUGCUGCACACUAGACAAUGUACCUCUCAUCAGUAAAUGUGGGACUCUUCCUCCUGAGAGCUGCUUCUUCAGCCUUAUCUGCAGCACGGGCUCAUUCAUGGUGAUGGUGAUUGUGCUGCUUCGCUACGCCCACGUCAUUGAGAAGCAUCAAAACUGUGUCCUGAACACGGCGAGUCUUUGCACGGGCUGGAUCUGUGGUGCUGGACUCAUCAUGGUGGGCAACUUCCAGGUGGAUAAUGCUAAAAUUCUCCACUAUGUUGGAGCAGGCAUUGCCUUUCCCACCAGUAUGCUGUUUGUGUGCCUGCAGUCAGCGCUGACGUACCGACUGGCCAAAACCCAAGGGGAGUACAACUUGGCCCACCUCCGGCUCUGCAUGACCCUGCUGGCCUUCGUAGCCUUGGUGCUCAGUGGUGUUUUUUUCUGUCAGGAGAGCUUCGUCCUGCAACACGCCUCGGCCAUCUUCGAAUGGGUGUUCUGCAUCAUCAUCAUGCUUUUUUAUGGGACUUUUGCCUUCGAGUUUUCCGGCAUGUCAGGAGAUACAAUGGUGGUGCUGGCGAGAGGAGGCUCCCUGGGACCUGCUGGGAGAGAACACAAGAUGGAUGCGCUGGGAGGGCCCGGUUUGCACUCACAACCACAUCCACACCAACCUGAAAGUAUGUCCAUGCUGUAGCCUCCUGGCACACGUUGAUGCCACACAGUUGCCUCAUUUUAUUCCUUUCCAACUCUAGUCUGAAUUAUUCAUUUCCAGCCGUGUUCGUCUGAAGGUUUGAAAUGAACCAGGCCAGCGCAGCAGCCGUUCAGAGCGGGCGUAGCUCUGCUGCAGUUUAUACUUACGUCAAACUUUGUGUCUCUGAAGAACUUGUUUGCAUUUUGCACAUUGCACAGGCGUGCAAAACCAAAUUUUCUCCCUGCUCAUGGCUGUGCUCCGUGACCAUCAGAGGAGCGUUUUGGGAAUCAGAUCAUGGAGUUCUUGUGAAUCCGAUGGCCUCGGAUUCAGAUGACUGCCGCGAUGCGUUCAGAGUGUGUAAGAAGUGAAGGCUGCUGGACAGCCCAGCUGACAGUAUUACAGUGGGAAGGUGUCACAGUGUUUCAAUCCUGGAAACAGAACAGGGCGGCAGUUUGCAUUUUUCAUCACGUAAACCUCUGUUAAGCAAUAUUUUUGAUGUUAAGUCACGUCUUUGUAAUUAACACCCUACACUGUAUAGAUCUUCUUUUGUUUUUUACUGUUUUGGUUAUUCAUUCUGCAUACUCAUCUGCACAUUACCUCCCUUCCAAAGCCACGUGUAAAGCUAAAAUAUUUCUGUGGAGCUGGUUGACCAAAGCUAAUCAGAAAUAAUAUUAUCUGGUGGACAUCAGAGUAGUUCUGAGCUCUGCUGUGCAUCUCAUGAGCUUGCAUUUAGAUACGAGUGUCAUUUUGUUUAAAAUGCCUAUUGCAGCAUUAAAGUUUGUGCCAUAUAUGCAAGCCUAAUAUUGCUGUUAAAGUAUCAGACCGCAUGGACUUAUUGUUUCCGGACUAUUCGGGUGACGUUUCAUAUGUCUUUAUUUAAACUGUGUUAAAAAAUUCAGUGAGCUCUGAGUCACAUAAAUCUUCUAAUUAAGACUGAAAAAAUACACCCUUCCCCAUUCUUCUUGGGAUCCAUAGACUAGAUCAAUGCUCAGCUCUUAAAUAAUGCUGGAUUGAACUCCUUCUCUGUAAAAGAAUAUGAGGGAGAGGUGACACAGUGUCGAGAGGCCAAAUAUGUACCAGCUAAUUCAAUCCAGAGCACUGGCUUUAUUGAGUUUAGUGACGGGGCAUUACACGUGUCUUCAGGUCCUGUAUGCAGAGGUCUGCAUCUUAUUAUUCCCACAUGCAGGAGGAGGAGAACAUGUUCUUAUUGCUUUAGCUGUUUCCUUUUUUUGUGAAGCUGGAAACUUCGCACAGGUGGAGAUGUUUCAGCACGUCAAGCUGGUGUGGUGGGAUAAAGGGAAAAGGAUUUGUAUAAUGUAAGACAUGGUGGAGAUGGACUGUCCUGCUUCAGUGUUAACGUGUUAUUUUUCAGUAUGUGCCAAAUACAAGUCUGCCUAUGGCAUUGGUGCUAAUACACAAAUAGGCCUUACCUUGUUGUUUUCCCUUACUUCAGUUGUGAUUACGGCAAAGCAAUAAGAAGAGACAUGAGGUAAAUCGGUGACUCUGAGAGUGAGAGCAGGGACAGAAGGUUAGCAAUACCAGCACGUGGAGAAAUGCUCCAUGCUUGCUAACAUCUGUGCAUAAUUUUCUCAAGCUUUGAGGAGGCAGAGGCUUUACAACAGUAGUAAUUUAAUUAAUUGGCCAUCAGCACAUCUGGCCACAUGUCGAGCUGAGAUGUUGUUUGUGUAAUUUGUCUGCUAAUUCACAGUAUGUUACUGAAAGUAGUUAUUCACUAUCAGGCUGAAUGUAUCAGACUAACUGAACUAGAGUGAUGGGGAAGCCUGCGCACGCUGCUCUGAGGACGGAGCUGAAAGCGACACCAGCUGCAACACUGAGCACUUGCUUCUCUCUGCUGGUCACACUGCUUAUUGCAUGUGUUAAGCUCACAUGAGGGGUUUUUUUUUCUACUUGAAAAAUUGUCCGUUUUUUCUGCCCACAGUCAGAAUACUAAGACCAACUAAUGUUUUUAUCCUUUUAUUUCAUAAAGGUGGAGGCUCAACUCCAGCCUGAGCUUCUGCCUGCGACAGUAUGAGGUUCCUCUGAGAAACCACAUUAAACAUUCAAUACAUUUGAAACGUUCACUAAAAUAAUGGUGCUAAUCAUUUCACAUUUACUUAAAGUACUUAAUCCGACGUCAUGGUUUGUGAAUAUUCCCUAUUUCUAGCUGACCACUACAAAAAAAAGAAACAUUUCUUUUAAAUCUUCACAUUCGCCAUCAUUCUCUUCAUUUCAUACCUCAUUCUUCCUCAAUUAUGGAUCUAUCUGAUCUCUACACUCAGGAAAACAUUACCACACCAGCUGUGUUCUUUGAUUCAAGGCCUUUGGCUUUCUGCCGUCUUUGUUUAAAUUGCAUUUUUGUCAAUGGGAUUCCUUGUGUACAUUUGUUUCUUUGUGUAGUAUAGGUGCAGCUGUAAGACUGGUGAUUAGCCAUGACGUAAUAGAUUAUUUUUGCUAAUCAAGACUCUGUUAAAUGUGCGAGAAAACUUAGCUCACUCGUGCAAUCGAGAUCAUUGGUGAGAGCCUUCUGACUAACAAGAACCCAACACUCCUCACAGCACCCCACUCUCAGUUACACAGCUCCCUGUGCCUUAUGUGCUGUUUUGAUCAUGGAAACCAAAGAGGUCACAGUUGUAAAUCCUAUUUUGAUGAAGAGUCAUAUGAUUGUAUCCAUUUAUGCCUUAAUAUUCAACAAAUAAAAACAAAAAA